CAGUUUCAGCAGUCUCGUCUUGUUUGAAUUGGCGGCGCGGGCAGCGCGUGGAGGAGCGGCGUGCGCGGCGUGGAUCUCACCGUCUGUCACACCGCCAGCAUCACGAUGCUGGAAACCAACUUUUUAUCCACGCAAUGAAUCCUGCUAACGAAACCAGGGCCGAGAGAAGUACAGAACAUUACAUUUUUGCAGUUGGCACCUACAAACUUCUUGCUUUUACCAUCGGCACUAUUGGAGUGUUCGGCUUCUGUAAUAACUUUGUUGUCAUCGUACUCUAUUGCAAAUUCAAGAGACUGCGGACGCCCACCAAUUUGUUACUGGUCAACAUAAGUUUGAGCGAUUUGCUGGUUUCUCUCUUCGGAAUAAACUUUACGUUUGCUUCGUGUGUCAAAGGCCGAUGGAUUUGGAACCAGGCAACAUGCAUCUGGGACGGCUUCAGCAACAGCUUAUUUGGCAUUGUUUCCAUCAUGACUUUGGCUGCACUGGCCUAUGAGCGCUACAUCCGGGUGGUCCAUGCGCAGGUGGUGGACUUCCCCUGGGCGUGGCGGGUCAUUGGUCACAUCUGGCUGUACUCCCUGGCCUGGACAGGGGCUCCUCUGCUGGGGUGGAACCGCUACACGCUGGAGAUCCACCAGCUUGGCUGCUCCCUGGACUGGGCAUCUAAAGAUCCAAAUGACGCCUCCUUCAUCCUCUUCUUCCUCCUGGCCUGUUUCUUUGUGCCCGUGGGCAUCAUGAUCUAUUGCUAUGGGAACAUCCUCUAUACAGUGCAAAUGCUGCGCUCUAUCCAGGACCUCCAGACAGUUCAGAUCAUCAAAAUCUUGCGUUAUGAGAAGAAGGUCGCUGUUAUGUUUUUCCUGAUGAUUUCCUGCUUCCUGUUGUGUUGGACACCAUAUGCUGUUGUGUCCAUGAUGGAGGCCUUUGGCAGGAAGAGCGUGAUCUCUCCUACGGUGGCCAUCAUCCCCUCGUUCUUUGCCAAGUCCAGCACAGCUUACAACCCUCUCAUCUAUGUGUUCAUGAGCAGAAAGUUCCGCCGCUGUUUGCUGCAGCUGCUCUGUUCGCGGCUCUCUUGGCUGCAGCACAGUCUCAAAGAACGCCCACUUGCUCCAGUCGAGCGUCCCAUCCGACCGAUUGUCAUGUCCAGGGCAUGCAGCGCGAGGGAACGACCCAAGAAGAAGGUGACCUUCAGCUCCUCUUCCAUCGUCUUCAUCAUUACCAGCGAUGACUUCCGCCACCUGGAUGUGACCUCCAAGGCCAGAGAUUCAGCGGAGGUUAAUGUCAUUCAAGUGAGGCCAUUGUGAUCCAAAAGGAUUGGAUUUUUCUCCCCACCACUCAGUAUGCCUUAGGACAAACAUGCAAUUCCAAGCCAAAAUAAUCCUGUCUGACCUCCCUGGACUUUUCUGUGUCUGCACACAUUUACAGACUUGUUGUGACUAUUGUAAAUAUCCACCUGUCAGCCCAACUAAAUGUAUUUCCUGAUGUUUUUUCUAAGCAGGUAGUAUGAAAGUGUGAGAUCCUUAUCUAACAUCAGCUGUUAUGAUAGAAGUACAUAAUGAUGUAUUUAAGAACUGUAUUUUCUCUUGGAAAAAGAAUCACAGUCAUUUUGUCAAAUAUGCUACAAUGUAUAUUUGAUAACCUCAGGACUGUUGUCAAAUAUACAUUGUGGCAUAUUUGACAACUGUGGGACUGUGUCCAUUAUUUAGAGGCCAGUGGUGUUAUGGACCUGAGUAUGCAUCAACAUUUCAUAGCAGAUUUUUGUGGUUGGUAACCAACUGCAAGUGUGAAACAUAGAAAAUAAGCCUUAACUCCUUGGCCAUAAACCAUAAUACACAAACUGGUAUUAUUGUGUAUGGAUUCAAUAAAGAGAUCCUAUUUUAAGCUACAUAGUAUGUGUACUUUAUCUCAUUUGAAUCUAAAUCUCCAGUGUGACGAGAGCAGUCACUGUGAAAUGACAUUUGGUGGAUUUAUAUGUAUGAGGACUACAGAAUUGUAAUUAGAAAAGAGGAGAUGAGACUGGGACCCCAGUAUGCUCCACUGAGACAUAACUCCUUUCAUAACCUCCUGGGCUGUCAGCUAUGAAUAGACUUGAUGAAUGGAUUUAGCUGACAAACCCCUUAUUCAAUGGGGAUGUGUGAGUGACUGUCUGAGUGAGUGGUCUUUGUUUUUAUCGUGUUUAAUUAAAAAAAAAAUAUGGAAAAUAUAUUGAUUUGCUUUAUUGCAAGAGUUUGAUGAGAAGAUUGAUACCACUCUUAUAUUUGUUUACUAAAUAUGAAGCUAUAGCCAGGAAACACUUGGCUUGGCUAAGCAUAAAGACAGGAAACAAAGCAUCAAUAAAGUAAGCAGCUAAAUCGAGUUUCUUCUCACUUUGAAUACAACAAAUUUCCAAGGGAAAAAAAGGGAUUUGAGCACACUGAUUGAUUUCCACAGUUAAAGGCUGCAUAUUGCUUGUUCUCUAUCUGCAUCUUCAGAAUCUGCAGAGUUAAGGCUGCAAAUCAACCAAUGCUCAGUCCCUAAUCCUAAAGGUUGCAUUUAAUUUGACGUGUUCAACUUGUAUUUUUAAUCCAUACAAAAACCUGUGUAAAAAUUCCUCCGCAAAACAACAAGUUGUCUUUUUACACUUUGUUUAAUAUAUUUUUUUUUUAAUUAAGAAGAUAUGUCAUUGAGGUGCUGCUAGCUGGAUAUUUCUAUCACAUUCAGACAGCCAGGUUAGCCGUUUCCAGUUUUUAUGCCAAGCUAAGCUAACUGAUGGCUGUAGCUCCAUGCUUCAUAUGAAAGUCGCAUCGCUGAAGGUGAAGGUGGUGAUGUGUUAAUUUUGUUUUGACAACUUGUUUCUGCUGCCCCAAUGUGACAAAAAACUGUCACUGCACAUUUACGAAUUUAUUCAUACAGAGUUGAUAUUGUCUCAAAAAGAUAAGUAAGAAUGGAGACAAAAUAAAGAUCUGACAA